AUGAAGGCCAGGGAAUCGAUGAAGACCAAGGAACUGAUGAAGACCAGGGAACCGAUGAAGACCAGGGAACCGAUGAAGACCAGGGAACUGAUGAAGAUCAGGAGACCAAUGAAGAUCAGGAGACCAAUGAAGAUCAGGGAGCCAAUGAAGAUCAGGGAGCUGAUGAAAAGCCACGUCCAGCUGUUUAAGCUUCAUACACUCCAACUUCUUGGGACAACUGACUUGGAAAUCAUCGCAAACUCAAUAUGCUGUGAUCCUGCAAGCAAAGAAUGCAUGUAUGGAGAAUGCGCCAAAUGCAGAAGCAAUGCCUAUCGGCUCAACCAUGACUAUGAUGCUGAGGCUCUGCUGUUCUACAUUGACGAGGAAGCUGUGGACAAAGCUGUACAGGAGAUGCCAAAACGACUCCCAGUGGUUCCUUCUACAAUGCGCCUUCAUCAGAUGAUCACUCUCACACCAGGAAAGAUCAUCUACAGAGAUACCAUGUUUCAGAACAUCUCUGAUAGACAAGGGUCAGAUGAAGUCCGCGGGUUUGUGGACUUGCGCUUUGUGCUGGAGCCAGCCGACACGGUGACAGUGCGGGGCGGGGUGCUCCAGCUGGACUGUCAGGCCCGAUCGGACCAGGGCACCCUGGCCAUCUCCUGGAAGAAGGACGGCGUUCUCCUCAGCACUGUGGUGGACGAGAGGAGGCAGCAGCUGGAGAACGGUUCUCUCCUGGUGCAGAACGUGGUGCAUUCUCGGCAUCACCGCCCCGACGAAGGUUCCUACCAGUGCCUGGCCACGCUGGAGGGCGUGGGUGCCAUCGUCAGCCGCACCGCCAAGGUCAUCGUUGCUGGUCCUCUGAGGCUGGUGGUGCCUACAGAGUCUGUCUCGUCGUACCUGGGGGACACAGCCCUGCUGCACUGUGAGGUGACAGGAGAGCCCAUGCCCGUGGUGCGCUGGCAGAAAAACCGGGAGGACUUGCCCUCGACCUUCACCUCCGAGAGCCGCGUGGUGGUCCUGCCCUCAGGGUCACUGCAAGUCAGCCAGGUCCAGCCCCCUGACUCUGCCACCUACCGCUGCCUGGCAGAGAACCCGGGCAGCGCCCGCACGGGCAGCGACGCGGACCUGCGGGUCCUGCCAGAGCCCGGGGUAUCAAGGAGUCUGGUGUUUCUCCAAAGGCCGCAAAAGGUCACUGCUCAACAGGGAAAAGAUGCCGUUCUAGAGUGUUCUGCCUCUGGCUAUCCCACCCCCUCCUUCUACUGGAUGAGAGGAGAAGAAAUGAUCCCAAGCAGGUCAAAAAAGUACUCCUUGCUUGGUGGGAGUAACCUGCUGAUCAGCAGCGUGACGGACGAUGAUUCGGGAACCUACGUCUGCAUGGCGCACAACAAGAACGAGAACAUUAGCGCGUCCUGUGAGCUGUCCGUGCUGGUUCCUCCUCAGUUCCUGAACUAUCCAUCCAAUAUGUAUGCAUAUGAGAGCACAGACAUUGAACUGGAGUGUGCGGUGACAGGGAAUCCUCAGCCCUCUGUCCACUGGGUGAAGAAUGGAGAAGUCGUCAUACCCAGCGAUUACUUCCAGAUCGUGGAUGGCAGUAACCUCCAGAUCCUGGGUCUGGUGAAGUCGGAUGAAGGGUUCUACCAGUGCAUGGCAGAGAACGAGGCCGGAAACGCCCAGGCCAUGGCCCAACUCAUCCUACGGGAACCAGCUCUCCCGAGCUCAGGGACCCUCCCCUCCGCCCCCCGUGACGUGGCCCCUGUCCUAGUGUCCAGCCGCUUCGUGCGCCUGGGCUGGCGCCCCCCAGUGGAUGCGCGUGGGACCAUCCAGACCUACGGCGUCUUCUUCUCCCAGCAGGGCGUGAACAGAGAGCGGUCAGUCAAUGUAACAGAGACUGACACCCUCCAGCUGACUAUCAACAACCUGAAACCAGAGGAGACCUACACCUUCAGAGUGGUGGCGUACAACGAGCUGGGACCAGGGGAGAGCUCUGAGCCAGUCAAACUCACCACCCAGCCUGAACUGCAGGUCCCUGGGCCGGUGGAGAACCUGCAGGUGGAGGCCACCUCACCGACCUCCAUCCAGGCAUCCUGGGACCCCCCAGCAUAUGCCAACGGACCCAUCCAGGGGUACCGGCUGCUCUGGACUGAGACCUCCAGUGGGAAAGAACAGAGCGUGGAAGUGAGUAGCCUGAGCUAUAAAAUGGAAGGAUUGAAGAAGUUUACAGAAUACUCUCUGCGCGUCCUGGCCUACAACCACUACGGACCGGGCACUACCACAGAGGACAUCAUCAUCACCACCCUCUCCGACGUUCCUAGUGCUCCUCCUCAGAAUGUUUCGCUGGAGGUGGUCUACUCACGCAGCAUUAAAGUCAGCUGGCAGCCGCCUCCUGCCAACACACAGAAUGGUUUCAUCACCGGAUACAAGAUCCGUCACAGGAAGACCGACAGGCGCGUGGACCAGGAAGCCAUCGAACCCAAUAACCUCUGGUACCUUUUCACAGGCUUGGAAAAAGGCAGCCAGUACAGUUUUCAGGUGGCAGCAAUGACAGUGAAUGGGACAGGCCCUGCCAGUGACUGGUACACGGCAGAGACACCAGAGAACGACCUUGACGAAACCCAAGUCCCGAACCAGCCGAGUUCCCUGCACGUCCGCCCACUGCCCAACAGCAUCAUCAUGAGCUGGACUCCGCCCCUUAACCCCAACAUCUUAGUAAGAGGCUACAUCAUUGGCUAUGGAGUGGGCAGCCCCUACGCGGAGACAGUGCGAGUGGACAGCAAGCAGAGAUACUACUCUAUUGAAAACCUAGAGCCCAGUUCUCAUUACGUGAUCUCUCUGAAGGCCUUUAACAAUGCUGGAGAAGGAGUUCCUCUGUACGAAAGUGCCGUCACCCGGUCCAUGUCAGAUACGUCCACUCCCAUGAUCCCUCCUGUAGGUGUGCAGGCAGUGGCCCUGAGCUCAGACUCGGUUCGGGUCAGUUGGGCUGACAACUCCAUGUCAAAGAACCAGAAAUCCUCUGAGGUCCGCUACUACUCAGUCAAAUGGAAACCCAGCUAUUCCACCAGCGGCAAGUACAAGUCGGCUGACACUACAGCACUCAGUCACACUGUUACGGGCCUGAAGCCCAACACCAUGUAUGAAUUCGCUGUCAUGGUAACCAAAGGACGCAAGUCCAGCACCUGGAGUAUGACGGCACAUGCCACAACCUACGAAGCAGCACCCAGCUCAGCUCCCAAAGACCUGACCGUGAUUGGCCGAGAGGGACGGCCGCGCUCAAUCCUCAUCAGCUGGCAGCCGCCGCUGGAGGCUAACGGCAGGAUUACAGGCUAUAUUGUGUACUACACUCUGGAUAAGAACAUGCCCAUAGAUGACUGGGUGAUGGAGCCCAUCAGCGGAGACCGCCUGACCCAUCAGGUCAUGGAUCUGAACCUGGACACUGUCUAUUACUUCCGCAUCCAGGCCAAGAACGCCAAGGGUGUGGGUCCGCUCUCCGACCCCAUCCACUUCAGGACAUCCAAAGUUGAACAUCCUGACAAGAUGGCUAAUGACCAAGGUCGUCAUGGAGACAGUGGUUACUGGCCGGCUGACAAUAACUUGAUUGACAGGAGCAGUCUGAACGAGCCUCCCAUUGGACAGAUGCGACCUCCUCAUGGCAGCGUCACUCCACAGAAGAACAGCAACCUGCUGGUCAUUAUCAUGGUUUCCGUGGGAGCUGUUACCGUGGUAGUGGUGAUUAUCGUAGCCCUGAUCUGUACACGCCGUUCAUCCGCUCAGCAGAGGAAGAAGCGGGCCACUCACAGUGCAGGGAAAAGGAAAGGCAGUCAAAAAGACCUGCGACCUCCUGACCUGUGGAUCCAUCACGAGGAGAUGGAACUGAAGAACAUUGAAAAGCCCUCCAGUUCUGCCCCUUCCGGCCGCGAAUCACCCAUGCAAGGCUGUCAGGAGAUCGCACCUGGAAGUCACAGCCAAUCAGAGAGCCAGAUGGGAAGCAAGAGCAGCCACUCAGGCGGUGAUGCAGACGAGGCAUCCAGCAGCAUGUCCACGUUAGAGCGCUCCCUGGCUGCUCGGAGGGCAACGCGCACAAAGAUGAUGAUUCCCAUGGACUCUCAACCCAGUAACACACCGGUGGUGAGUGCUAUCCCAGUGCCAACCCUGGAGAGCAGUCAAUACCCGGGGAUACUGCCCUCACCCACGUGUGGAUACACCCACCCAAAGUUCUCUCUCAGACCCAUGCCCUUCUCAACACUCACUGUGGACAGAGGCUACACAGCAGCCAUGGCAGCAGAGAGCCCAAACACGAUUGGACAGCAGCAGACACUGAUCCCCUCAGCACAGUCGGAUCAUGGAGGAGCAGAGGAGGUGCCCAGUCGCACCAUCCCCACAGCCUGUGUCCGUCCCACACACCCAUUACGCAGCUUCACCAACCCACUACUGCCUCCACCCAUGGGCACCAUCGACCCCAAGGUCUACACACCAAUGAUGAACCAGUCAGGUGGAAGUCUACCCAAGAGCCAGGUCAAAACAGCUUCACUGGGGCAAGCUGGGAAAGCCAGGUCCCCCUUACUGCCCGUCUCCGUGCCAACUGCCCCUGAGACAGCCGAGGAGGGACAGAACCCACCGGAAAACCCAGCGAGUGUCUAUGAGCAGGACGACCUGAGUGAACAGAUGGCCAGUCUGGAAGGACUGAUGAAACAACUCAACGCCAUCACCGGCUCUGCCUUUUAA